ACACGCUUUACCCCUCUCUUUCGGUUCAAAAAUCAUCACGUUAUUGUGUUUUAUUCUCAUCUCAUCGGCGUUUCUUACUUGUUGUGGCGGUUUCUCCGUUCAGGCGGCUACUCUCUUAGUCGUAACAACUUCGAUACGAUUCUGAUUUCUUUCUACCACACUGCUUUCGUGUGAUUGUGUAGUUUGUAAGGAAACUUUUGUACCUAAAAUUUCUGCUAUGUCGAUCUUCCACUUCUGUUUGCAGUCUUUUCUGUUAUAUCUCUUCAAACUCAAGUUACAGUCAUAAAUUUUGCAAUAAGUUUCUCUACAUAGCUGCACGUAUGUCUGUGAUUAAAUUGGUUUGAAUCAAGGUGAUAGAUAUACGAAGUUGAGGACUUUCGAGAGUAUUUCUGCUGAUUACUUGAUAUGAGGAUCUAUGUUUCCUGUAUUAAAUGAAUGGUGUUUUUAUGCUCGAGGCAGAAUAAUAUGUACCAGAGAUUUGAGGGUUUAUGUGCAAAAUGGUAAAAUUGAGUUGUAAAAUUGUGGUCAUGUGGAAAAUUUAUGCACUUAUGUACUAAUUUUGGACAUGCCAGACGAAAACAUGCUUGACUGAUUAUCCUUUUUAUCCAUGGUACAUUUAAUUUAUUUCUAAUUGUUUUCACCAUGUUCUUUCCUCAAUAGUUGGCCACUAUUUCAUGUUACAACAAAGUGAUUUAUCCAAUCCUUUUGUUGACAAAUUAUCCAUUGUGUGGUAUUAGUUGUUGCUAUUGUGGUUCAUCAUUGUUUUUCAGUUAGUAUGAGCUUUGUUAUUUGUUUGAUGUCAGGAUUAGACUCUUAUGUAAAAUGAUUCAAACCCACACUUUACAGCAAUUUGAACAUGAAGACCUCAAUCGCAAGCUAUAAAAUAGUCUUAACUUCAAUCCAAGAACAAUAACAUAGUCUCAAAGUACAGCUAUUGAUUUUCGCAGUUGCAUCCUCAAAGAUAGAUAUCUUGAAGUGAAUCCAAGAAAGAUGUCCCAAAUCAAUUGUGUAACUGUAACAGAAUAACCUGUUUGGAGACUUAACUGAUGGUUUACUUGUAGUGAAGCUCAGAAUAACCUUUUUUCUAUUGCAACUCUUGAUGUUUACCAAGGUUCUCAGCAAUUAAUUUUGUGAGCGAUAAGUUACUUAGUUUCUGGUUGAUCCUUAACGAGUUAAUAUUCAGGUGAACAAUGUAGUGAGGCGAGGUUGUAUUUUCAUAAAAGUAGAAUCGUAUAUCUGCUUAGUGGAUGAUGAAAACAUGUGUUUGUUUUCUUUGAUCAUUUAUGUUCUAAUUUGUUAAAGUUCUGGUAUGGUAGGUGGUUGGACACUUGGAUAUGAUUUGAGUUUUAAGUUGGUAUUCUAGAAAUAGAGAUUUUGGAACAUGGCUGCAGUGAGCAAAACAAGAAAUAUGAUUGAGGGUUUUGUGAGAGAUGGAUCAUUUAAAUGGUUGUUGAAAAACCGAAAUCCAUUUCAUGAAGAGUUUGAAGAGAUGAAAAUGUCUCCAUCAGGAGACAAAAACUGGAUAUAUGAACUAUCUCCCGUGGCAAAUAUAGUCGUCCGUCGAUGUUCAAAAAUCCUUAACAUUCCUACACGUCUACUUCAAGAAAACUUUAAUGAGGAGGCUCCAGAUGUUACAAAAGAUCCAUCACGGUAUGCCCGGAAUUUUCUGGAAUAUUCUUGUUUCAGGGCUCUCUCUCUAUCCACACAAAUAAGUGGUUACAUGGAGGACAAAAAAUUUCGACGUCUAACAUUUGAUAUGAUGCUUGCUUGGGAGGUUCCAGAUGCUGCCAGCCAGCCUUCCAUGGAUAUAGAUGAGGAUGCGACUGUGGGGAUAGAAGCCUUCUCUCGAAUUGUGCCAGCAGUUCCCAUUAUAGCCGAUGUAAUAAUCAGCGAUUAUAUAUUUGAGUUUCUUACUGCAUCAACUGGGGGACGGCUUCAGUUUUCUACCUUUGAGAAAUACCUUAGUGGAUUGGAAAGGGCUGUCAGAAAGCUUAAAUCUCAAUCAGAGUCAUCUCUCCUUUCUUCCCAACGAUCUGGAAGAGGGGAAAGGGUUCUGGAAGUGGAUGGCACAGUAACCACCCAGCCAGUUCUUCAACAUGUAGGGAUCUCAACUUGGCCUGGUCGGUUAACUCUGACAGAUCAUGCUAUGUACUUUGAGGCUCUUCGUGUUGUAUCAUAUGAUAAACCUACUGUUUAUGAGUUGGCUGAUGAUUUGAAGCAGUUUGUGAAGCCAGAGUUGACGGGUCCAUGGGGAACAAGACUUUUUGACAAAGCCUUCUUGUAUAAAUCAGUUUCCUUAUCAGAUGCAAUUGUUAUGGAGCUUCCUGAGCUCAAGGGACAUGCUCGGCGUGACUACUGGCUAGCUAUUAUCCGUGAAAUUUUAUACGCCCACCGAUUUAUACGCAAGUUCCAGAUUACUGGAGUUGAAAGGGACGAAAUACUGCUGAAAACAAUAUUUGGAAUUCUACGAGUGCAAGCCCUCAAAGACAUAAGUUCUGCAAUCCCACUGUCCUUUGAGGCAGGUCUUAUGUUCAAUGUUUGUGAUCAACUUCCAGGUGGAGACCGAAUAUUGGAAACAAUUGCAACAAGGUCAACAACUAGAGAACUCGAUAGAAAUAGCAAUACCAUGUCUACUAGUGGAAUGUAUUCAAUAUCCGCCAGCACCAUGGCUUCUAGCUUAGGGUUUGUGUUUGGAACAAGUUCUAAUGUUCCUAACAAGUCAGGGAUUAUUGUUGGUGAUGUCAGUGUUGGAGAGCUAACUCCUUUAGAGAAAGCUGUGAAAGAAUCUAGAAGCAAUUACAAGAUGGUUACUAAUGCACAAGCCGCGGUUGAUGGAGUCAAAGUUGAAGGGAUUGACACCAACUUGGCUGUGAUGAAGGAGUUGAUAUUUCCUGUUACUGAACUUGGGAAUCGGCUUGUCAAACUAUUUUACUGGGAAGAGCCUGUGAAGUCUCUUGCAUUCUGUCUGGUAUUCACAUAUGUGAUUUACAUGGGAUGGUUUUCUUACGUCUUGGCGUUACUGCUUGCCUUUCUUGCACUUUUUAUGAUGGUUACACGGUGUUGUAGCCGUGGACGGCCAGUGGAUGAGUUCAAGGUAACAGCACCUCCACCAAUGAACACAAUGGAGCAGCUGUUGGCUGUCCAGAACGCGAUAUCUCAGGCCGAAGAGCUAAUCCAAGAUGGGAAUGUCGUUCUUCUCAAACUACGUGGACUGCUAUUAUCCAUAUUCCCGCAGGCAAGCGAUCGAUUUGCAGUUGCACUUGGGAUGAGUGCGGUCUUUGUGGCGUUUGUACCCAUCCGAUUUGUGGUUCUACUUGUUUUCUUGGAGGAAUUCACUAAGUACUCGCCUAUGAGGAGAUCGAGCACAGAAAGAUGGAAUCGGAGAUUGCGAGAGUGGUGGUUUAGCAUUCCAGCUGCUCCUAUUGUACUCGAGAAACUUAAAGAGGACAAGAAAAAGAAGUAGCUAGUAAUGUGUAAAACUCAGAGAUGUAUAUCUACUUUUAAAUGUCAAAUGAAAAGCUUUUCUUAAAUCUUCAUUUGUAGAUUUGAUAGGAGAAAAAAAACAUGUGUUUCUUAUGCAUACAUUUAAUUGGCAGUCAUCUAAAUUGUGCUGUAUUAAAAUGCAUAUCAAUGUUAUGUUUGUAGGGCAUUUGGGGAU